AUGGUAUCCUCUACCUCCGUCUGCGCUCGAUGUGCAGUCAUCAAACAGCGCUGUGAUGGCCAGUCACCUUGCUCUCGUUGUUCCCGCUUGGGACAUAUCUGUGAGCCCCAGCAACCAGGACGACCUGCAGCAGAAGCCCAAUCGCUGGCUCGCCGCAGACCCAGGGCCUCGAGAUCACGGGGCGGGUGUCUCUCCUGCAAGGCCCGCAAGAAAAAGUGCGACGAGAUCCGGCCCCGAUGUAGUGACUGCCGUCGUCUAAGCAUACAAUGUGAAUGGAAUCCCCCAGCGGGGUCUGCUGCCAGCCGCACGAUUGCUCCACCACCGUCGCCUACACAAUCAUCAUCGGAACCCGCCGAUAGCCUCACUCUGGAGUUUGUUGUCUCGGACUGUCUUCCGCAGCCCGAUCCGAGUUUUUCUUCCGAAUCCUUUCUGGCAACUCUCUUUGAUGAUCCGACGCUUGCCAUCGCCUCUCCAUCCCUGCUUGACGCUGACUGGCUCCCUGGACCGGUGAAGCCACCCGCCGGUUAUCUCAAUCCACACCUUCACCACGACGAGGAUCGGUCGCUUUUCAAUCACUUUGUGCAUGUCGUGGCACGAGCCUUGUCGCGUUCGACCGCUGGUCGCGAGCGGAACCCAUUCCUCGCCAUCCUGCUGCCAAUGGCUGCUGCGUCAGAAACUAUGACCAGUGUGGUCCUAGGACUGAGCGGCUGCCACUGGCGACGCGUCUAUCCCGGAAUCUGGCGUAGGGCAUUGGCGCAUCAGGGCAAAGCCUUGACCCAAGUGAGUGGUCGCAUGGCCCAGCAGCGCGGCCGCCCAUUCUCGCUCGAGACGUGUGCCACCAUCCUCCUCCUCUGUCUGGCCGAGUUACUGGACGGCACCUCGCGCGCCUGGACAUGGCAUCUCAAAGCAGCGUCCAGCCUCGUGACGUCUGAGUCCAUGUCCCUGCUACAGUCGACCCCGGAAGGGUCAUUCUGCAUGCACCUUUUCCACUACCUGGAUGCCAUGUCGACCGUCUCGCGCUGCCGACCGUCACUGUUGCGUGCCGGAGAGCGCCUGGCAGAUGUGACGGGGGCGCAUCCCCGUUCCCUCUCGCAGUCCCUCCGCGGGGGCGCUUUCUCCACUGACUCCGUGUCCGGCAUCCCCGGUCCUCUGCUCGAACAUCUCGGCCGCAUUAAUCUGCUUGCUGCUCAUCGCAGUCACCGUGUCGACGAACUCUCGGAGAUAGGAUUCCAGACUGCGGCCGCGCACGUGCGCUCGCAGCUGGACGCCUGGCGUGUGCAGGAUGACACCUACAGCGACGUGACACUCGAUCCAGGCCCCGGUACAAGCAGCCCAGACGCAGACCGCGCCGUCACCGCGUUCGAGUGGGCGGUCCGCCUCCGAUUGCAUCAGAUCGUCAACGGAUACAGUCCGUACCACGCAGCGGUCGAGGAGGCUCUCUCCCACAUCCUGCCGGCGGUGAUGGCGGUCCCCUAUGGCAGUCCGGUGGAAGGAACCCUGCUCUUCCCGUUGGUCAUGGCCGGGGCGUGUAGUCUAGAUCUGGAGCGACGCAUGGUGGUUAAGGAGCGUCUGAUGGUGAUGGAGAGUACGCUGGGGUUUGGGCAUAUUCCGCAGGCGAGGCAGCUGCUGGAGACGGUCUGGGCUGGGGAAGGGGAUGAGGAUUGGAAUUGGGCGCGGGUUCGCUAUAAUUUGUUUCCCGGGAUGGUGUUUGUGUAG